AUGGCCACCCCCCUCAGCGACCAUGACAAGCGCAAGCAGAUCAGCAUCAGGGGCAUAGUGGGAGUGGAGAACGUGGCCGAGCUGAAGAAGGGCUUCAACCGUCACCUACACUUCACUCUGGUCAAAGACAGAAACAUUGCCACUCCCAGGGAUUACUACUUUGCCCUGGCGCACACUGUCAGAGACCACCUGGUGGGGAGGUGGAUCCGAACCCAGCAGUUCUACUAUGAAGCUGACCCCAAGAGGGUCUAUUAUCUGUCUCUGGAGUUUUACAUGGGCCGGACACUACAGAACACCAUGAUCAACCUGGGGCUGCAGAACGCCUGCGAUGAAGCCAUCUACCAGCUCGGCCUGGACAUGGAAGAGCUGGAGGAGAUGGAGGAGGACGCUGGUCUGGGUAAUGGAGGCCUGGGCAGACUGGCAGCAUGCUUCUUGGAUUCAAUGGCCACCUUGGGACUUGCAGCGUACGGUUACGGUAUUCGAUAUGAAUAUGGAAUCUUUAACCAAAAGAUAAAAGAUGGAUGGCAGGUGGAGGAGGCAGAUGAUUGGCUGAGACAUGGAAACCCCUGGGAGAAAGCUCGACCUGAGUACAUGUUACCUGUUCACUUCUACGGGCGAGUGGAGGACACGAAGGACGGUUCCAAAUGGGUUGACACUCAGGUGGUUCUGGCCAUGCCGUAUGACACACCCAUCCCUGGAUACAUGAACAACACGGUGAACACUAUGAGACUGUGGUCUGCUCGCGCCCCCAAUGACUUCAACUUAAGAGACUUUAAUGUUGGAGAUUACAUCCAGGCUGUUCUGGACAGAAACCUGGCAGAAAACAUCUCCCGCGUUCUGUACCCCAAUGACAAUUUCUUUGAAGGUAAAGAACUCCGUCUGAAGCAGGAGUACUUUGUCGUAGCGGCCACACUCCAAGACAUCAUCCGGCGCUUCAAGACCACAAAGAAAGGCUGCCCAGGCCGCACGUCCUUCGAGAGCUUCCCGGACAAAGUUGCCAUCCAGCUGAACGACACCCAUCCAGCCAUGGCCAUCCCUGAGCUCAUGAGGAUCUUCGUGGACAUCGAGAAAUUGGAUUGGGACACAGCCUGGGAUCUGACCAGGAGAACCUUCGCCUACACCAACCAUACAGUUCUACCGGAGGCUCUGGAGCGUUGGCCCGUGGAGCUGAUGGAGACACUGCUACCCAGACAUCUACAGAUCAUCUACCAGAUCAACCAGGUCCACCUCGAUAGAAUCGCGUCUCUCUUUCCAAAAGACAUGGACAAGCUGCGGAAAAUGUCUUUGAUUGAAGAAGACGGGAUCAAGAGAGUCAACAUGGCUCAUCUGUGUAUUGUUGGAUCUCAUGCUGUGAACGGAGUUGCUGAGAUACACUCCAACAUCGUCAAGACUCAAGUAUUUCGUGAUUUUAGUGAACUGGAACCAGACAAAUUCCAGAAUAAGACCAACGGUAUCACUCCUAGACGUUGGCUGCUGCUCUGUAACCCCGGCCUGGCUGAGCUCAUCGCUGAGGUGAUUGGGGAGGAUUAUGUGAAAGACCUCAGCCUGUUGCAGAAGCUGAAUGACUUUGUUGAUGAUGCUGCCUUCAUCCGUGACGUCUCAAAAGUGAAACAGGACAACAAAGUGAAAUUUGCCCAAUACCUGGAGACAGAGUACAAAGUACAAAUAAAUCCUUCAUCCAUGUUUGACGUCCAUGUAAAGAGAAUCCACGAGUACAAACGUCAGCUGCUCAACUGUCUGCACAUCAUUGCUAUGUACAACCGAAUCAGGAUGAACCCCAGUGCACCUUUUGUGCCACGUACAGUGAUCAUCGGGGGAAAGGCUGCUCCCGGGUAUCACAUGGCUAAGAUGAUCAUCAAGCUGAUCACCUCAGUGGCUGAAGUGGUCAACAAUGACCCUGUGGUGGGAAACAAGCUGAAGGUCAUCUUCCUGGAGAACUACAGGGUCUCCCUUGCAGAGAAAGUGAUUCCAGCCACAGAUCUGUCAGAGCAGAUCUCCACCGCUGGAACUGAGGCUUCAGGAACUGGUAACAUGAAGUUCAUGCUGAAUGGAGCGCUCACCAUCGGUACGAUGGAUGGAGCCAAUGUGGAGAUGGCUGAAGAGGCUGGAGAAGAGAACCUGUUCAUCUUUGGAAUGAGGGUGGAGGAUGUGGAGGAACUAGACAAGAAGGGAUAUGAUGCCAUGUCAUAUUACAAAAAGAUUCCAGAGCUGAAACAUGUGAUGGACCAGAUCACAUCUGGAUUUUUCAGCCCCAAAAAUCCAGAGCUUUUCAAAGACCUGACUGAGAUGCUCUUCAAAUACGACCGUUUCAAAGUGUUUGCAGACUUUGAGGAUUACAUGAAAUGCCAGGAGAAAGUCAGCAAACUGUAUCAGAAUCCAAAGGAGUGGACCAAGAUGGUGAUCAAGAACAUUGCAGCUACUGGGAAGUUCUCCAGUGACAGAACCAUCACAGAGUACGCCACCGAAGUGUGGGGCGUUGAGCCGACAGACCUGAAGAUCCCGCCGCCAAGCGAGCCCAGAGAGGCCAUUGAGGAGACAGCCAGAGCUCUGAAGAAGAUGUGAGGCUGCUGUAUAUAAGCAAACAGAAGCCUUUAUGUUUACAGCCACAGCCCUCUACUCUCUGUCCUUUAGGGAAAACAUCAGUCACUUUAUCUGAAAGUGCUUCCACAGUCCAAUUCACCACUGCACAUGAAUGCAUCUUCUGCACACAUUUUAAUGUCCAUUUGCAUUUUAACUGUCUGUUACAGUCCGUUGUAUAUGUACAGUAAACCAAAAGGCCCGGUACAGGAAGGAUGUGGGUUUGUGCCUAUCAGGAAUCCAGUAGGAUGUCGGUCACAGAACAGCUGACUAAAAUGAAUCUGGAAUAACAUUCCUCAGAGAAAACCAUACAUCUAAUAUAGCACAGUCUGUACAAACACCACCCAGAGAAAAAAAAAACACAACACUGAGGUUUACCUGCAGUUCCCUGUUUGGCCACUGUGUGUCUCUCAGUAUAGCUCUGUUCAUUUGUUGUAUGAUUCUCUUCCCAGUAUUAAAAUAAAAUGUUGUGUUUGAUGUCA